CAAGUGAAGGCUAUCAACUUCCUUCCCGUGGACUAUGAGAUUGAGUAUGUGUGCCGGGGGGAGCGCGAGGUGGUGGGGCCCAAGGUACGCAAGUGCUUGGCCAACGGUUCCUGGACCGACAUGGACACACCCAGCCGCUGUGGUGAGUAGCUUGGGGAGCCCCUCCCCUCUUCAGGACCAUUCCUUUACCAGUCUCCAUCGAACUUAGCGUUCCCCGCUCCCAAGUCAGCACUUUUGAGUCAAUGUGACUGCAUUCACGCACACAUCUGACGAACGACCCCGGUGUAGUGAGCCAGAUGUUGCCGUGCGCAGCUGGAGGGGGCCGAGCUCGCGGUCUGCACAUCUCACUUCAUCCCCGCGCGCGCCAUCAUUAGGGCACUCAUCAUUGCACGAAGUAACUUUUGGUUGUUCAUCUUAGAAUUCUUCUCUUUGAGGAUCGAUAGUGGCAGAUUAUGGAAGACGAUUCUUUCAGCACUUCUGUCUCCAACUCCAUCACCAUAUACACCCGGGAAACAAAAUAGCCAGUUUAAUACUAAUAUAAAGCAACAAUAAUAAGACAAGCAAAUUUGAUUGUGAAUCCAAAGUUCUAUCUACACAUUUCAAAGGCGGAGGAGAACCGCCCACUGUAGUGGACUGGGAAGAGAUCCCAUUUUGUGUGCUUAUAGCUCCAUCUUGGGUUCUUACAAUGGAAGUGCUGCUUUUUUAUUUUUUUCUUCCCAUUUGGGAAUGUGUGGCUGUUAGGGUUAAGGGAGGAGUGAGUGGAAGGAAGAGGCACAUCCUUUUUUUUUUUUUUUUUUGUUACACCUGAUUAUCUGUAGAGUAGGAUGCUUGCAGACUCAGACUCAAACCCAAACCCAAGCCCCUGCUCUCUAAGGGGAAGGAGCCUUCUUCAACUUGCCUCUCUUCUUAUUUUCCUGUUUUCACAGUCCGAAUCUGCUCCAAGUCUUAUUUGACCCUGGAAAAUGGGAAAGUUUUCCUGACGGGUGGGGACCUCCCAGUUCUGGACGGAGCCCGGGUGGAUUUCCGGUGUGACCCCGACUUCCAUCUGUGAACCGAACGCCACACUCAGAACGGCGCGCAGUGUACAUCGGGGCGCUGUUCCCCAUGAGCGGGGGCUGGCCGGGGGGCCAGGCCUGCCAGCCCGCGGUGGAGAUGGCGCUGGAGGACGUGAACAGCCGCAGGGACAUCCUGCCGGACUAUGAGCUCAAGCUCAUCCACCACGACAGCAAGUGUGACCCAGGCCAAGCCACCAAGUACUUGUAUGAGCUGCUCUACAAUGACCCCAUCAAGAUCAUUCUCAUGCCGGGCUGCAGCUCUGUGUCUACACUUGUGGCUGAGGCUGCCAGGAUGUGGAACCUCAUUGUGCUUUCCUAUGGCUCCAGUUCACCAGCCCUGUCAAACCGGCAGCGCUUCCCCACCUUCUUCCGAACACACCCAUCUGCCACACUCCACAACCCUACCCGAGUGAAACUCUUCGAAAAGUGGGGCUGGAAGAAGAUCGCCACCAUCCAGCAAACCACAGAGGUCUUCACUUCGACCCUGGAUGAUCUGGAAGAGCGAGUGAAGGAGGCUGGAAUUGAGAUAACUUUUCGCCAGAGUUUCUUCUCAGAUCCAGCCGUGCCUGUCAAAAACCUUAAGCGCCAGGAUGCCCGAAUCAUCGUGGGACUUUUCUAUGAAACAGAAGCCCGGAAAGUUUUUUGUGAGGUAUACAAGGAGCGUCUCUUUGGGAAGAAGUAUGUCUGGUUCCUCAUUGGAUGGUACGCUGACAACUGGUUCAAGAUUUAUGACCCGUCUAUCAACUGCACUGUGGAUGAGAUGACCGAGGCAGUAGAGGGCCACAUCACCACUGAGAUUGUCAUGCUGAAUCCUGCCAACACCAGAAGCAUUUCCAACAUGACAUCCCAGGAGUUUGUGGAGAAACUAACCAAACGACUCAAAAGACACCCUGAGGAAACAGGAGGCUUCCAGGAGGCACCUCUGGCCUAUGAUGCCAUCUGGGCCUUGGCCUUGGCCCUGAACAAGACAUCUGGAGGAGGGGGUCGUUCCGGCGUGCGCCUGGAAGACUUCAAUUACAACAACCAGACCAUUACUGACCAGAUCUACCGGGCAAUGAACUCCUCAUCCUUCGAAGGUGUUUCUGGCCAUGUGGUGUUUGAUGCCAGCGGCUCUCGGAUGGCGUGGACGCUGAUUGAGCAGCUCCAGGGUGGCAGCUACAAGAAGAUUGGCUACUAUGACAGCACCAAGGAUGAUCUUUCCUGGUCCAAAACAGACAAGUGGAUUGGAGGGGCCCCCCCAGCUGACCAAACCCUGGUCAUCAAGACAUUCCGCUUCCUGUCACAGAAACUCUUUAUCUCCGUCUCAGUUCUCUCCAGCCUGGGCAUUGUCCUUGCUGUUGUCUGUCUGUCCUUUAACAUCUACAACUCCCAUGUCCGUUAUAUCCAGAAUUCUCAGCCCAACCUGAACAAUCUGACUGCUGUAGGCUGCUCGCUGGCGUUAGCGGCUGUCUUCCCUCUGGGUCUGGAUGGUUACCACAUCGGGAUAAACCAAUUCCCUUUCGUCUGCCAGGCCCGCCUCUGGCUCUUGGGUUUGGGCUUCAGUCUAGGCUAUGGCUCCAUGUUUACCAAGAUCUGGUGGGUCCACACAGUCUUCACCAAGAAGGAAGAAAAGAAGGAAUGGAGGAAGACCUUAGAGCCCUGGAAGCUGUAUGCCACAGUGGGCCUGCUGGUGAGCAUGGACAUCCUAACUCUCGCCAUCUGGCAAAUUGUGGACCCCUUGCACCGGACCAUUGAGACUUUUGCCAAGGAAGAACCAAAGGAAGACAUUGAUGUCUCUAUCCUGCCGCAACUGGAACACUGCAGCUCCAGGAAGAUGAAUACAUGGCUUGGCAUUUUCUAUGGUUACAAGGGGCUGCUGCUACUGCUGGGAAUCUUUCUUGCUUAUGAGACCAAGAGCGUGUCUACUGAGAAGAUCAAUGACCACAGGGCUGUAGGCAUGGCCAUCUACAAUGUGGCGGUCCUGUGCCUCAUCACUGCCCCUGUCACCAUGAUUCUGUCCAGCCAGCAGGAUGCAGCCUUUGCCUUCGCCUCCCUUGCCAUCGUGUUCUCCUCCUAUAUCACCCUGGUUGUGCUCUUUGUGCCCAAGAUGCGCAGGCUGAUCACCCGAGGAGAAUGGCAGUCAGAAGCUCAGGACACCAUGAAGACAGGCUCAUCCACCAAUAACAACGAGGAAGAGAAAUCCCGGCUACUGGAGAAGGAGAAUCGUGAACUGGAGAAGAUCAUUGCUGAGAAAGAAGAGCGUGUCUCUGAACUGCGCCAUCAGCUCCAGUCUCGGCAGCAGCUCCGCUCCAGGCGCCACCCCCAGACUCCCCCAGAUCCUUCUGGGGGCCUACCCAGGGGUCCCUCAGAACCCCCUGACCGUCUUAGCUGUGAUGGGAGUCGAGUCCAUUUGCUUUAUAAGUGAGGGGGUGUGGAGCCAGUAGGAGAAGGAAAGGGAGUAGAGAGAGGACGGGAAGCUGGGAGGAGGCAGGGGACCCCAUCCCCAGCUGGAAAGCACUGCGCUGUCCAAUCCCAUCUCAUGUAAAUACGCAUCUUUCUGUGAGUCCUGGGGUUAUUUGGUUCUCCAAUACUCCAGGAAAGUGACUUUUUCUCUUACUCAUUCAUACAGUUUUGUGUCACUACUUCUAAUUUAGUUUGUACCUUGCUGGAAGCUCCUCAUGACUCCUCAGCAGCCUGACUGCAUCUUCCUCUCCCACAAUACACCUCUGUCUAGUUACCACGGCAACCCCUAAGCUCCCCACUGCCUUUGUGCUCUGCUCCAGUCAGCAGGGGUCUCCCCACAAGUGCUCUUUCCACCCCAGCAGGGGCCUCUCCACGUCUGUCCCCAUCAUCGUCCGUAAUCUUCCUCCAUCCUGCUUGACCUUCCACACGUCCCCAUGUUUUCCUCCUCUUCAAUUUUGCUGCUUCUGAAGACCAAGGCUCGCCCACUUCUCGUCUCUGCCCCAUGUGUACUCACACGGAGAACUUUGCAGCACACGCGUCUCCUCUCCUGCACAUGCCUGCUUUGUUCUCCCGCCCUGAGCUUUCCCAGUGUGCAGUGUGCUCCCUGUGGGCACCCAGAGCGACACGAGUUCUCACAGUCACGGGUGUCCUUGUGUGUUUAGGUAGGUGUGUGUGAUUUGUCUAGUGUGUUGAGCUGUAUCUUCCCUACUUGCACACAGUCAUGUGUAGCUGCGUAGGUUCCUUGUGUGUCAGUGCACACUUUGUCCCUUUGUACCUUAAGAUUAUUGUAUUCUCCAACAGAGCCAUAUGCAUCACCCUGCACAUUAUUAGGCACUUUCUCCCAACCAAGUCAUGUUUGCUGGGGCCAUCCAUCCACUCUCCUUUCAUCACCCGCUCUCCUUAUCAUCCAUUCACCCUCUUUAUCGUCAUCCAUUUUCCUUAAUCAUGGGCAGUUUCUGCUCAAACUUUCCCUCUCCCUCUUCCUCUUCUGUGCUUACAUCCCACCCCCAGUCUAUUCUCACCAUUAUCCUCUCCCAACACCAAUGUGCUCUUUCUUUCCUUGUUUUCCUUCCUUCGUCCCUUCCCUCCUUCUCCUUCUCUUCCUUUCUCUCUCUCCUCUCUUUCUAGAAUUAAGGGUAAAGAACUAGGGGGCAGGCUUGGGAGCUGCUUCUAGUGGGGAGUGGGUGAGAAUCCUUUAAAGGAAGGCAUCUCUGACUGCUGGGAUGGACAGAUGGACCGAUGGGGCGGGAGGUGGCGUCCCUUUCACACUGUGCUGUCUCUUGGAGAAGACUCUCCCCCCCAACUCUCAAUAAACCAGUGAACAGUGUGACACAGCAUCUCACCCUUCACUCUGUGAACAGAGUGGGUCCCAGGCCAAGGAAGGAGGCUCAGCGGGCGCCAAGUUAAUGAAAAGGCUUUGGAACUGAGGUGUAGAAAAAGGUGUUUUAUCGAUCUGUUAAGGACUUAGCAGGGCAAAGUAGGACACGAUUCAGGCCGAGAUUAGUAAGUGAUGCCAUUGGUGAUUAAAAGUAUGGGCUCUGAAGUCAGACUGCUGGAACAUCAGAAUGCAGAAAAGUUCCCUAAUGUCUACUCUCUAUUUCCAUGUUUGUGAAGAUGAGAGUAUGAACGAUGACAUUACCCAUACAUUGCAGCACUGGGUGAAUGAGGGGACUCCAUGAAUCACACAUUCAGUACCUAGGACAAGCUUGGUAUAGACCAGGUAAUGUUAGCACUGUCACUAUUGAUUAGCAGGUUACAUGACAGCAGUCAGCAUGCAUUGGGAGCCUGGGGCCAGCAGCUGAACAAAUGUGAGGACACAGGUCCCAGCAAAUCAGAACAAAAGAAGAACGAUGACUGAUGGAGGUGUUGAAUAAAAGCCCACUGAGCGCUCCCUACCUCAAAAAUCUUCCUCUAAGGAACCUUGAACAUUUGAGGAAGAACUUUUGACCCAAAUGAAAGAAAGCAGCUGGGCUGGGAGCUUUAAAAAGGCUGCAAUCCUAGCUACUUAGCAAGUGGGGAUUGGGAAUCCUGGUUUGAGACUGGUCUGGACCACAGACAGAUUUCCUUAUGAAGAAGUUCACAAGACUCCAUCUCAUCCAGUGGCUAGGCAAAGUAGUGCAUGCCCUUGUCACCCCAGUGACAAAUAGGAUUGCCAUCUAGGCUGGCAUGGUUAUAUAACAGCCCCGUAUCUUGAACCAAUGCAGAAACAGGCCGGAAUGGAUCAAGUAAGUAGAUCACCUGCCCAGUAAGUCCAAGAUCCUGAGUUCAAACCCCAGUACUUCCAGGAGGGGAAACAGUUUUGAAUGGCCAAGGGAUACGAAAAAGAACACCAACAACAAUGACAACAACAACAACAACAAACUCAACUGCCUGGGAUUUUUACUAUUGUGUGUCCUUUUGGAAAUGUGCUUUUGCUCAGCUUUUCACUUUGGCACUGGGUUUUUGAAAUAUAAUUUUAUUGUUAUUACUAAAGCAUUGU